AUCUGGAAGGCCAGCCCAAUGUGAGAGCGUAGGGCCCUCGCAGGCCUCUUCCAAGCUCCUGCACUGCUCUGGUCUUCUCUACAUGCAGGCGUGGCUCUGCUGGAAGUGGGCGCGGCUGCUGCGGCCCACGGUCCAGAUCUUCCUGGUGUCCUUUGCCCUCUAUGUGGGCUACACCCACGUAUCUGAUCACAAACACCACUGGAGUGACGUCCUUGCUGGCCUCCUGCAGGUGGCGCUGGUGACUGGCCUCACUGUCUGCUACAUCUCAGACUUCUUCAAAGCCCGACCCCCACAGCAUUGCCUGAAGGAGGAGGAGCUGGAACGGAAGCCCAGCCUGUCACUGACAGUGACCCUGGGCGAGGCUGACCACUAUGGGUACCCGCACUCCUCCUCCUGA